AGCCGGCCGGUGCCGCGCUUUGGGCGGGAGACCGCCGGCCGGCAGCGGUGGUGCCGAGAGCAGCCGGCGGUCAGGCGGCUGCGCGGGACUCCUCACUUCCUACUCGGGCCAAGAUGGCGGGGGACGAGGCGGGAGUGACUCUGGGGCAGCCGCACCUCAGCCGGCAGGAUCUCGGCACCUUGGAUGUCACCAAGCUGACACCUCUUUCACCAGAAGUCAUCAGCAGACAAGCAACAAUUAAUAUAGGUACAAUUGGUCAUGUAGCCCAUGGAAAGUCGACAGUAGUCAAAGCUAUAUCUGGAGUCCAUACUGUCAGAUUUAAAAAUGAACUGGAAAGAAAUAUCACAAUCAAGCUGGGUUAUGCUAAUGCAAAGAUUUACAAGCUGGAUGACCCAAGCUGCUCUCGACCAGAGUGUUAUCGAUCCUGUGGAAGUAGCACCCCGGAUGAGUUCCCUACAGAUAUUCCAGGCACCAAAGGGAACUUUAAACUAGUCAGGCAUGUCUCUUUUGUGGAUUGUCCUGGCCACGAUAUUUUGAUGGCUACCAUGUUGAACGGUGCAGCAGUAAUGGAUGCAGCUUUACUGUUGAUAGCUGGUAAUGAGUCAUGCCCUCAACCUCAGACCUCAGAACAUCUAGCUGCUAUAGAAAUCAUGAAACUGAAGCACAUUUUGAUUCUACAGAAUAAGAUUGACUUGGUGAAAGAGAGCCAGGCUAAAGAACAGUAUGAACAAAUUCUUGCAUUUGUACAAGGUACAGUUGCAGAAGGAGCUCCAAUAAUUCCAAUCUCAGCACAGUUGAAAUACAACAUUGAGGUGGUUUGUGAGUACAUAGUGAAGAAAAUCCCGGUCCCUCUGCGAGACUUCACAUCUGAACCAAGGCUCAUUGUAAUUAGAUCUUUUGAUGUCAACAAGCCUGGCUGUGAAGUUGAUGACCUUAAGGGAGGUGUUGCUGGUGGCAGUAUUCUAAAGGGUGUUUUAAAGGUGGGCCAGGAAAUUGAGGUGCGGCCUGGUAUUGUGUCCAAGGACAGUGAAGGGAAACUCAUGUGCAAGCCAAUCUUUUCCAAAAUUGUGUCACUCUUUGCUGAACACAACGAUCUACAAUAUGCUGCUCCAGGAGGCCUUAUAGGUGUUGGCACUAAGAUUGACCCCACUUUAUGCCGGGCUGACCGCAUGGUGGGCCAAGUUCUUGGUGCAGUUGGGGCACUGCCAGAAAUAUUUACAGAGCUAGAAAUUUCCUACUUCUUGCUGAGACGACUCUUAGGUGUGCGCACUGAAGGAGACAAGAAAGCUGCAAAGGUGCAAAAAUUAUCAAAGAAUGAAGUUCUAAUGGUAAACAUAGGAUCCUUAUCUACUGGAGGGAGAGUCAGUGCUGUAAAGGCUGAUUUGGGGAAGAUUGUGCUCACUAACCCUGUAUGCACAGAAGUGGGAGAAAAAAUUGCUCUGAGUCGAAGAGUUGAGAAACACUGGCGUUUAAUUGGUUGGGGUCAGAUCAGAAGAGGAGUGACAAUCAAGCCAACUGUUGAUGAUGACUGAAGAACAAAAGAGUGCUUCAUUUUUAAAGAUGAAGUGCCUAUUUCUAUUUUGGAGGGGGUGUAUUUUCACAGUGGAAUUGGAAGCUGUGCAAACAGUAUCUUUGAGUUGUAUGGCUGUCCUCAUACAUUUUAUUGAAUUUUACCCUCUUACUAAAAUACUAGUCACUAUCACCAUUAAAAGUGUAAAAGAAUUGGCAUAGAAGUGGGUUUCAUUAUCCACGUUUUAGUAGAAAUUAAUUGUACAUGUCUCAUGGCAUGUCUAAUUUAUGUUACUUUGUGUUUCAGACAUAUCUGUUUAAUAUCAGUCAAACCAGCCCCAGUGUAACACACAAACCAUAAAUCUGGUAUUGAAAUAAAAUAUUGUUUAUUUUCAUUAAUUCAUACAGUUUUUCUGAGUAAAAAAAGACUGCAGUGGUUGUUCAAGUACAAGAAUUAAAAGCAAGCAACCAAAUUCUUCUUGGAAGAUUAGUACCUUUUCUGCACAAUUUGUUUUGUUUAGACUGUUACCAACAAAAAACUUUAUUCCUUUGUUUCUAUGGUUCUGAUUUUAGUAUUCUAAAGGAGUAUGCUUUGUAAUUAAGAUGGCAAUAUUGGCUGACUUGAAUUUGUCAUUUCCGAUACUACUACAUGUUUUCUUAAAUCCCCAAAGAAAAACCACAAGUAAACUGGAUCUGAACUGGCAGUACUGGUUUUGGCCUAUUUUAGUAUGGAUUUAUGAAAAUAAUGUGAUUAAUUGGAAUGUAACACUGUCAUCAUGGAAGCCUGAGGGGGUGACCUGGGAGUUCUUUAUACAGUAAGAGUAAACUACUUCAUAAUUAUGUUGAGCAGAUACGAAAUGUUGGGAAGAGGCUGUAGAAAGAAAUUAUUUGGGGUGGUCUAAAUCACAUGCCUCAGGAUAAAACAUAAUGUAAUGAACUUACUGCAGGGUGCUAAUACUUUAUUUCAUUUAGAUUUCACUCUUUCAUUUGUACUAAUAUACAUAGUUCUAGCUGUUUUAUAUACUAUUUAGCAAGUCAUGCUACUUAACAUAUUUUGGUACAAGGUACUGUCUGUUUGCAAAGCUUGGUUUUGGUUUUAUUCAGUAUUUUCAAGGGCUUUCUAAAGGUGAAUAUGAUUUAGCUCAUCAAAUUGGACUUUGAUGAAGCAGCUUGCAUUCUGUUCUUGAUUUUGCACUAUACUGUGUUCCCUUACUCUGUCUAGGUUCCUGUACUCAGCUUUUCCAUUUGUAAAGUACUACCUCACACGGUGUUGAGAGUAAAUACAUUGGUUUUUGAAUAGUGCUUUUCCAUUUUAAAAGCAAGAGUCGGCUGUAGUUCUCACUGACUCUCCAGGUACUUGACCAAUCUACAAUCUUGAAUGUGUCUGUUUGGAGGAUUGCAUCCUCCAUGCUUUGGCAGCUCCUUUCUGUAACUGAAUUCUAAGAACUUGGAUAAACUUAAGCCUUGCCUAGUCUGGUGGCACGAGGGUGAGCAUAAAAGAGAACGUAAGCUACAGCGGAGUGGUUGGAUGGCACCAGCUCCAGAGUGAGAUGUAGUGCAGAGUCCUUUCUCAGUGCACUGCAGCUCUGGGUCUAAUGAAACACAUGCGGAAAAGCUACUGAGAAACUGGUUAAGUACCCACAGACAUUUUUAGACAUUCAGAUAUUUUGGAGGUUGUGUCUCUCUUGAUCUGCAAUUUAAAGAACACCAGUACCAUAAUCUUGCCGAAGUUGUGCAUCGACCUGCUUUCCCAGUGGCUUUUCCAGGCAGGGUGGGGCUCUCACAGGAUCACCUCUUUCUACACUGUGCUGUAUAUCCUGUCACACCAGGAUGAGAGCCUGGGGGGCAGAUCACAGAGCUCUUUUUCUGCCACCAAAAUGUUAAAUUUCCUCUAAUGGAAAGCUUUGACUGCUGACGUGAGUGAUGAGUAAUGGGAUUUUGAGACUGCUGAACACAUGGAACGUAUCUCUGCAGCAUUGGAGAGCCAAGUGUGAACAGUGUAAGUGCAAAUACAUUGUGUGCUGAUGGGUGUACCGCCCCCUCCUCAAGCGCUGAGCUGGGAUCCUGAGCUGUUGAAUGACAAGAGAAAACAAUAUUACGUACAGCUGAGGAAGUUGAAAAAUAUUUUGAUUUGCUU